CACUGAGUAUGACGUGUCUCUUGUACAUGUACUGCUUAACUGAGAUGUGUGUAAAUGAGUCAGGGGUCUGAGCCUCAAAGUGUAUCAUAUCGGAACAGGUAUUGUUUCAGAAUGAGGAGUACUGUUGUUCUGCUGGUGUUGUUGUUCUGUCUGUCUGGGGCAUGGACUCAGAAGGAGAGUGGAGGGGUCCGAGAGAGUGACAUCACUCAACAGGGACACAGUGCAGGGAGAGAGAGCAGGGUGAGAGAGGUUCAGAUGGAGAGCCAAAUGACUGACGCUUCAGAGAAAACCAACAAACAGACGACCAUCUCGCCUGACAUCUGGACUGAGAUGAAGGAGCUGAGAGACAUAGUGCACAACCUGGGAACCACUGUGGUGGAGCAGAGCGAGAAGCUGAGGAACAUGGAGGUCAGAGCGACAGCCAGUGAGGCUGAGGCAAAGGAGCAGAGAAACACAGUGACCGAUCUUAGGGUGGCGCUGAUGGUCACCAAGAAUAAAGUGGAGGAAGUGGAGAAAGAGAAUGCAGACCUGACCGCUGGAUUGAGUGGCAGUAAGAGCCAGGUGGAGGAGCUGCAGACAAAGAAUGCAGCCCAAGCUGUUGAACUAUCAGCCAUGGGGGACAGAGUGACAGCCAGUGAGGCUGAGAAUGCAGCCUUGGAGACCAGACUGAGUGCUAGUGAGAGCCAGGUGGAGGAGCUGAAGAGAACAACUGCAGACAGGCCAAAGGUGGCCUUUUCUGCUGGUUUGACUGAUUCAGGAACUGUUGGACCCUUUGUUGCUGAAACCACACUGGUAUACACCAAAAUCUUCUCAAACAUUGGCAAGGCCUACAACCCAGCUACAGGUGUCUUCACAGCACCAGUGAGAGGACUCUACUACAUUAGCUUCACUGCCAUGAGUGUCCAGACCUCGUUUUACUUUUAUGCAUACAUGUAUAAGAAUGGACAGAAAAUCAUGUAUAGUCAGGGAUAUAAUGCUGGCGGUUAUGAGACACUGUCUAAUGGAGUCAGUCUAGAGCUGGAGGAGGGAGACGUGGUGUACAUGCGCAUCCCUGCAAGCAACCAGCUCUAUGAUAACUCAAAUAAUCACAACAUCUUCAGUGGCUUCCUGCUCUUCACAGUGUGAGAACAUCAUGGAUGCUGUAAUGGUCUCUAGUAAAGUGUCUGUAUGUCAGGGUCUCUUGGAGCCAAAAUGAUUCCCGUAUUAAUAAAUGCAUCAUUAAAAGCA